UCGGCGUGACGUCACCGCAGGAGAAGGCGCAGGCGGCUUGCUAGCCCGGCCAGCCGACUGGGCGGCUCCGCUCGGACCCGGGCCCUGGCGCGAUGGGAGCUGCUUUCCAGGGACUGAGCUUGUCAGCACCCUCGAUGGAACCUCGCUCCUGAAAGCAGGGAAGAACCCUUGCCCAGACACUCUUUUUGCCCCAUCUUGGGGUCGCCUCCGUCUGUUGGGCCCUCAGUCUAGUUCGCUCAAGGAGCGGAACGGAUCAUGCUGGCGUCCGUGCUGGGGAGCUGCCCGCGGGGCGGGCUUCCACUCCGGCCCCUCUUGGGGUCCACACUCUCACUCCGAGCCCGGUCCACAUCAGCCACCGAUACACACCACGUAGAGAUGGCACGGGAACGCUCCAAGACCGUCACCUCCUUUUACAACCAAUCAGCCAUCGAUGUGGCAGCAGAAAAGCCCUCAGUCCGCCUCACUCCCACCAUGAUGCUCUAUUCUGGCCGAUCUCAGGAUGGCAGCCACCUUCUGAAAAGUGGCCGCUACCUGCAGCAAGAGCUGCCAGUGAGGAUUGCUCACCGGAUCAAGGGUUUCCGUAGCCUCCCUUUUAUCAUUGGCUGCAACCCCACUAUACUGCACGUGCAUGAGCUGUACAUCCGGGCCUUCCAGAAGCUGACGGACUUCCCUCCGAUCAAAGACCAGGCGGACGAAGCCCAGUAUUGUCAGUUGGUGCGACAGCUGCUAGAUGACCACAAGGAUGUGGUGACCCUCUUAGCUGAGGGCCUGCGUGAGAGCCGGAAGCACAUAGAGGACGAAAAGCUGGUCAGAUACUUCUUGGACAAGACACUGACUUCAAGGCUUGGGAUUCGUAUGCUGGCCACUCACCACUUGGCACUGCAUGAGGACAAGCCUGACUUUGUUGGCAUCAUCUGUACUCGUCUCUCACCAAAGAAGAUUAUUGAAAAGUGGGUGGACUUUGCCAGACGCUUGUGUGAGCACAAAUAUGGCAAUGCUCCCCGUGUGCGCAUCAAUGGACACGUCGCUGCCCGCUUCCCCUUCAUCCCUAUGCCGCUGGACUAUAUCUUGCCUGAGCUACUCAAGAAUGCCAUGAGAGCCACGAUGGAGAGUCACCUGGACACCCCAUACAAUGUCCCAGAUGUGGUCAUCACCAUCGCCAACAAUGAUAUUGAUCUGGUCAUCAGGAUUUCAGACCGAGGUGGCGGAAUUGCUCACAAAGACCUGGAUCGGGUCAUGGACUACCACUUCACCACAGCUGAGGCUAGCACCCAGGAUCCCCGGAUCAGCCCCCUCUUCGGCCACCUGGACAUGCACAGUGGCGGCCAGUCAGGACCCAUGCACGGCUUUGGCUUCGGGUUGCCCACAUCGAGGGCCUACGCAGAGUACCUUGGCGGGUCCCUGCAGCUUCAGUCCCUGCAGGGCAUCGGCACAGAUGUCUACCUGCGGCUUCGCCACAUCGAUGGCCGGGAGGAGAGCUUCCGAAUCUAACCCCAUGGCCUGUGGCCUGCCUGCCUGGGCUGGAUCCUUACUCCCUGCCAGGACCUUCGUGGUCAAGCAGGGGUCACUCUGCCCCACAUAGUGUUGCAUCAGUCUAACAGACUGACUUACAUGGAGAAGGCAUCACUCCUCAGUGGGGCCUGCCGCUUCCUUUCCCUGGAGGUAGGGGAGGAAGAAGCGGAGACCCUGGAGGCCUCUAAUGCCAGCUCUGUCAUUCUCGCUCCUGGGGAAGCCCUACUCUGACCUGCUGUUUGUUAUUAAAGUUCUCAUUUUGAAUGCCCUUUUGGGCCCUGGUGUGGGGAAGGCAGGUGAACUUU